CCGGCACCACCUUACAUUUAGAACGCACCUGGGUUAAUGAUUGACGGCGUAUGAUGCGGUCCAAAAUAUGAUUCCGUGAUACUGGCUGCAAUUUGGCAAAGACAGUGGCGAGUAAAAAUAAACAGAGUCGGAGAUAAGGCGCCAGAGGGAAAGGCUCUCUGUCACAGAGAGGUCCUACGCAUGACGGACGGACACACCUUCACUCAUCGGCGCUAUCGACAAAAAAAAUAAAAAAUUUGUUACAACCUUUGGAGUCCCUGACACUGGUGUGCUAUCACUGGAUUAGUAGGUUGUGAGGACAUGUGUGUUAAGGAUGCCGUGUGUUUCAGCCUCCAUUUUCCCUGCCGCGGAACGAAGCCACAACCAUACAGAAACCGGCUUCAGCAACUGCAGCGCGGGGAACCAUGACAGCACGGAGUCUAUGAAGGUUCUUCUCCUCUUCCUCUUGCUGCCCAUCAUCGUCUUCGCCAUACUGGGCAACCUCUUCAUCGUGGUGUCUGUGGCCUACUUCCGCCAGCUGCAAACCUCCACCAACGCCUUCAUCGUUUCCCUGGCGACCGCCGACUUCCUGGUGGGGGCGCUGGUGAUGCCAGUCAGUCUGGUUCGCUCGGUGGACCGUUGGCGGUUUGGGCGGCUCUUCUGCACCGCCCACUUCCUCUUGGACGUCAUCCUCUGCACCGCCUCCAUCUUCAACCUGAGCUGCGUGGCGCUGGACCGCUACCUAGCCGUAUGUGACCCACUGCGCUACCCCGCCCGCAUGUCCGCUGCCCGGGUCACCAAACUGCUGCUCCUCUCUUGGCUCAUCCCUGUUUCGGGGUCCUGCCUGCUGGUGGUGGCGGACCUGCACACGCAGAGCGGGGAGGGGGUCCUGACGGGGCGGGGGGGCGAGGAGUGCUUCCCCGAAAUGAGGGCCCCUUACGGCGUCAUGGCCUCUGUUCUGAGCUUCUUCCUGCCCAUGGCAUUUGUGGUGGCGGCGUACGGGCGGAUCUUCCAGGAGGCUCAAAGGCAGGCCCGGCAGAUCCAGGCAGCGGAGGCCCAUGUCAGGCAGAGCCACCCGGCCCAGAGCCCCUCCGUCCCACAGGCCACACCGGGCAUCGCCGCCAGGAAGGCAGGGAAGGCCACACGGACGCUGGGGAUCCUCCUGGGUGGGUUCCUGCUGUGCUGGCUCCCCUUCUUCUCCGUCAACGCGGGGCACCCGCUCUGCGGGCGUCCGGUCGGCCGCCAGGUCCAGGAGUGCGUCCUGUGGCUUGGCUACGCUAACUCUGCCCUCAACCCCGUGCUCUACGCCUUCGUCAACCGGGCCUUCCGUCGCUCCUUCGUCAUCCUCCUGGCCUGCAGCAUUCUGGGACGGCGGCUCCAGGACGGCCCCCUCGACCCCGGGGCCAGCCGGAACACGGGCCCUGAGCUGGGGUCUGUCGCCAGAUGAGAGCCCCCAAAUUCACUUGCAGUGCACCCCUUACAUAUCUCUUUAUUCUCCUUGCUUAUUUUUCACUGCACGGUCCUUCCCUGACCAGGCAGUGUCAAGUAGUUCUUAUUUAUCCAUUGAUAUGCUGACUGAGAAAAACCCAAACAGCAACAUUCAGUGUUCGUAUAAUAAUGUGUGAUACUAUAAAUAAAAAAAGACUUUGUAUUUUUUUGUUAAUAAAUAAAUGCAUAUAUAACCAGCCAGCAAGUAUGUUAAAUAUUAAAUCAAAACCUAAGAAAACAAGAUUUCUGUGUAAUCUGUCAUUUAUCCAAAACAUUUACAUCUUAAGGAUGUCAGCCAAGUUUGUAUAAACAUAUUUCAAAUUAAUUUCUGCUUGAUAAAUAACCAAUAUAUUUAAUAUUCAAUCAUUACAUUUUAUAGAAUAUUUACGUGGUGUUGUGAAGGAUUUAGCUGUAAAUGGCAAAUUCAAUAUUAUUAUCAUGUCUUUUUUGUACCUAUAAAAUUGUAAUUGUAACAGUUGUUACCAGCAAUAACAAAAAAAAAUUUUUAGUUUUUGUUUAUGGUCUGGUCUUAUGUUUAUAGUCUGGAUUAUAACAUGUCUUUGUAGCGGUGUCCUAUGAAGCAGUUUAGGACCAGGGUUUUUGGAUUGAUUAGGCCUAGGUAUUAAUGAUCACACGUUCAUGAAUGUAAUUCCUUCGCGUGAAGGGCAGAUGGCGCCUUUCUUUGCACGGUCAGCUACUUUCCGCGGUCGUAAUAUUCGUAAGUUUCCGUUAUAAUUUUUUGUUUAAAAUUUUGAAGUUUGAUUCUUUGCUUUGUAAACAACGGAACGCGCGACAGUUUCCAUGAAUACACCGACCGACUUCUUCCACACAUUGACUACAAAUCCCAAGAUCCUGUGGUCAUCGCUCCGCUCUCCGCUACUGCGUUCGUGGGGAAUGCAGAAACUGGAUUUACUUAGGCUGUCUCCGUGCAGGUAGGAAUGCCAGAUUUAGUAUUUCCUUUCGUACAUUAGUCUUUUUAAUUUAUACAGGCAAUAUAGAUACUCAAAACAAUAGUUGCUGUGGAUUCGCGUCUGUAUGAAGAUAAUUUGAAACGUUUAAAUUCAUUUCCUUGCAACCAAUUACUGCAUUAAAUGUAAAUUGUUUUUAAAAAGCCUGAAAAUUGUAUAUGUUCAUGAACUGACAGUAGCAACAAAAUCAGAACAGCUGCCUAAAAAGUCCGUCAAACAUCCUCAGUAAACUGGAAAAUAUAUUUCCCU